AUGAUGUUUAAUGUUAAAAUGAUGUUGGUAGUGGUAUGGAUUGGUUUCUUACCGCUGGCUAGUUCUCGACCACAAUCCAAUAUGAUGAGAAGGUUGUUGGAACAACCGGUGUGUACUGAUAAUCCUGAUAUAAGUAACUCAGUUUUUAACCGUCAAGACCAAUGUGAUGGUGCUAAAAUUACAUGUCGAGAUGGAUUCCAAAUGGUAGUAGCAAUGCGGUGUGUGGACGAAACAUGGGUAUAUCAAAGACCAAUUUGCAAACCAGUUAAGUGUCUGUCAGAUCCAGAAAUAGCAAAUGGUGUCAUAGACUCUGAAUUAAGGUCCAGAGAUAUUGGAGUGGAAUACAACUUUACUUGUAACCCUGCAUUUACUAGGACUGGGAACAAAGGUGUUGUGAGAUGUACUGGAACUGGUGAAUGGGAGGCUGAUAUCACAUGUGAAGAUUGUUUCAAGUAUUCACCUGACAAAGGCAUUCCAAACGCACCUUUUAAUAACCAAAGAAACCUAAAUAGGUCUGCAGGUGACGAGGAGUGUGAGAGCGAUGACCGAUGUACCGCUACAAGACUAACAAUGUUCAGUUGUAGCCUAUUUGAUGCACCAACUAUAUUCGUAUCAACUGUUACAGAUGAAAGGCAAUGUAUUGAGAAAUGUUUAGACAUGGAGGAUUGUGUAAUGUUGAAUUUGCGGGGUGGGAAUGAUCUUUCAUGUUAUUUGUAUAACGUUACAGCUGACAGCUUGCCCGAAAAAAAUCGAGUAGUUAAUUCUACAUUCGAUUUCAUAGCAGAAAAAGUAUGUUAA